CGCGCCGCCUCCAUUUUGGUGCGGGGCUCGGGGCGGUGGCUGAGGGCCGGGGAUGGUGCCGCUGCCUCGGGCAGCGCCGUGACUCGCCGGGGGAGGCGGGCGGGGCCGGGGGCGCAGGCGGCCCUGCCUGGAUGCGGGGCCAGCGGCGGAGCCCACCCGCGUCCGUGCGGUGACGGGAGCCGGGCUCGCCUCCACCCCCCGCCUGCCCGCCGCAGAGGAAGCUGAGCGGUGAAGGCCGCGGGGGGUGGCCCGGGACCCCCUCACCACCUCCCCCGGGGAAGGAGGAUCCGAAGGCAGGGGAGAAGAUGAGCGGCGAGGCGCUGUGGCUUUUCAAGCAGCUGAAUCUCCACCUGGAGCAGGAGGGGAGGUUUCAGCCCCGCGAGAAGGGGCUCAGCCUCAUCGAGUGCGCCGCCGAGCAUGAAAAUACUCUGUGUCCAAGACAAAGGAAUGCCAAGGUGGAAGAUCUUUGGAGUCUGACCAACUUUUUUGGUUUUGCAACUGAAACGUUUGUUUUGGCUGUUAACAUUCUGGACAGAUUCUUGGCUCUUAUGAAGGUGAAACCGAAGCAUUUAUCUUGCAUUGGAGUUUGUUGUUUCCAGCUGGCUGCCCGAGUAGUUGAAGAAGAAUGCAAUAUUCCAUCUGCCCAUGAGAUCAUCCGGAUCAGCCAAUGUAAAUGCACUGUGUCUGACCUGAAACGGAUGGAAAAGAUAAUUUCAGAAAAGUUGCACUUUGAAUUUAAAGCUACUACUGCCUUAACCUUCUUGCACUUGUACCAUACUAUUGUACUCUGCCAUACCUCAGAAAGGAAAGAAGUAUUGAAUCUCGACAAAUUGGAAGCACAGCUAAAAGCUUGUAACUGUCGCCUAGUCUUUUCUAAAGCAAAACCAUCUGUCUUGGCCUUGUGCCUUCUCACUCUAGAAGUUCAGACUUUGAAAUCUGUUGAGCUGUUUGAGAUCCUUCUGCGUGUUCAGAAGCAUUCCAAGAUAAGUGAUAGUGACCUACUUUACUGGAGGGAACUGGUCUCGAAAUGCCUAGCAGAUUAUUCUUCUCCUGAAUGUUGCAAGCCUGAUCAUAAAAAGCUAGUUUGGAUUGUUUCAAGACGUACAGCCCAGAAUCUACAAAACAGUUACUACAGUGUUCCUGAGUUGCCAACAAUACCAGAGGGUGGAUGUUUCAAUGAAAGUGAGAGUGAAGACUCCUGCGAAGAUAUGAGCAGCGGAGAAGAGAGCCUUAGCAGUUCUCCUCCGAGUGAUCUGGAAGGCGCCUUCUUCUUUGAACUCAAACCUAAAACGAAGUGGCAAACUCUUAGCUGUCGGUCUUAGCAUUAAGUCUUGAUUUUGUAUUAGGCUGAGAUUUUUAAUGCACCAGAGUCCUUUGGCAAUAAUAAAGGAGGUGGUAAUCUGUAUACUGUAUUAAGGCAAGAACUGCUGUGGUCUAGCAAUGCUUUGAAUGCCUGCCUUGGUUUUUCUGUUGUAAUUUUAAGGAAGGAAAAAAAAUCCCAUUGAGGUCCCUAGUUCAGCAAAGAAGUUCAUGUAUAGUUCUGUUGUCAACAGGCAUUAAUGUAGUCCUGUACCUGGUGGUCCAAAGCGUUCAGCAGCUGAACACAGGAGCAGUGUGCCCUGGCAGCAGUGAAGGCUGAUGGCACGCUAGGCUCUGUGAACAGAAGUGUAACCAAUAGACUGAGCGAAGUAGGUUGUGUUGUUUUUUUUUUUUUUUUUCUGCCCUUUACUUGGCAUUCCUUCUCGUUUUGGAACAGGGUCCAGCUUGGACUCAGGAGGUUGAUCAACAUGUGCGAGUCCAAUGGGAAGCUGCCAGGACGGUUAAGUGAUUUGGGACACAGGUCCUGUGAGGAGAGGCUAAGCAAAAUGAAUUUGUUCAGCCUGACACAGCGCCUGUGGGGGGAAAAUGGGAUUGAACAGCAGCCAUCUAAGAGGAGGUUGCUGAAAGAGAUGAUAAUUUCAGGGUCUUGACUGAAAAGCACGCAGGAAGAGUGAGAGGCUUUCAUCAAAAUGUCAAGUUCUUGGUUAAUGGAAGAAGUUUGCUCUGUGGGGACCAUCAGGCGUGGGAGCGGGCCAGGAGUGGGGCUGUGCGGUUUUUGUCCUGGGAGGUUCUUGGGAUUCAACAUGACAAAACCCUGGGCUUGGUUUGAAUUCAGCGUUAACCCUGCUUUGAGCAAGGAAAUUGGACUAGAGCCCUCUCGAGGGUACCUCUACUCUUUAGUAUUUUGGGAUUAGAUCAAAUUGGCAGAGCAGGUGACGUGGAAUGAUAUGCAUGCAUAGUACCGGGCUGAAGUUAUUUACUGUCAAAUGGGCCAAACACCGAAACUGCUUUAUAACACUUCGUGUGCUGUGCUCCUUUUCAGCAGGAUCUUGAGUUGUGUAUUCCAAGUAGUUCUUGUGUUUUUUUUUUUUUUCCUAAAGCUUGGUUUUUAUAGACUUCAGGAAUCCCUAUGUCACAACAGGAGUAUGCAUGGCAAGAAGGAGGCUUCUACUUAAUACUAGUUUUCACUAAAGGAUAAGUAGGAAGCGUGUGGCAGGGAGUAAUUUCAUAUUUUCUUUAAUACAGAUGUUUUUACACUGAAAUUCACAUUGUAUACUUCAGUGGGUUUAAAAUCUUAACAUGUCAAUCCAUACUAUUAGUUUAGACUUAUUAACAUGGUAAAUCGUGGUAAGUCUACGUUCCUUUUAAUAUUUAACCCUUGUAGUUGUUUUUCAGUAUAUUCAUGUUAUUGAGUCAUAAUCAGACUUGUUUGCAUGCUUAUGUAAAGCAGUCAGUGCAGGAAAAGUUGAUAUUAUGCAGUAAUAUCAGGUAAAUGUGAUGUUGAUGAAGUAGUUAAUGUUUUUUUUCUGAACUUUGUUAUUGAAGCACAAAUUGAAGUAUGAUUGUGUUUCUCCAAUAUUGAGAACAUGGCUAGGUAGCAAGCGGAAUAAUUAGCUCAGAUUAAUGGUGUGAAGUGUGUUGGUGCCAAAGUAGAAAUGAAGGAGCAAACAAGCUAAAGGCUGUUCUGUAGAUGCAAGCAUUGUUUUAGAAUGGUAAGAGCGAUGCCGUAAGUUCAUAACUGUUAUGUGAUUUCAGUUUUAUAAAAAUAAAAAGUUUACAAAAAUGUAUAUAAAAAUGUAAAUUAAAAAAUGUACAGAAAAAAAUUUAAAACAAAAAAUGAACAGAAAAUACUGUAUUUUUUUACAUUGUAUGUAACUUUUUGUAGGUAUGUUGCAUGUAGAUAGUAAUUUAUUGUGUACUCUGUAUAAGUACUGUACAUCUGAAGACUUCUUACUGCAAGUCUCUGUGCCUGGAAGCUCACUUCUGAAAUGGAGUACUUUGGUCGCAGGUACCAAACCUACUGAGUCUUGUUUCGGUUCAAAAAUAAACCAAGUGCUGUAUUUGUUAA